UCAAAAAUCGAACCGAGCGGUCGUAUCUGGCGCGUACCGCGUAGAUACACACAUCCCACAGAUACUAUUUUCUUAGCUCUCGUGCGCGGCGCGCUGGCGCUGCAAACAAGAAAGAAAUUUGUGUAUUGCAGCAGAAGUUUUCGCUGCUGCGCUCAGCUCGUGCUCUGUGUGUGUAUUGCUCUGUGUUCGGCGCUCGGCCCGUCCCGUCCGUGAGAGCGUGUCGGUCGGUCGAAGGAAAAUUCAAUAAAACAAAGAGAAACGAAACGACUAUUCAGUGAAAAUCGAGUGCAAAUCAAAUUGCCUUGCAACGCCAAACGAAUCCGAGAACGCGGAGUUCAAGGUUUUUCCCAGCCAGACCAAGCCACGCCAGAACGAAGUUCAAUUGGAAACGAUAAAAGGAAAAGAAAACACAAUGAGAAAACUGCAAAAAAACUAACUGUGUGUGGUGUGCAGAAUUUUGUAUACCUUGAAAAAACGAAGUCUGACAGUGCGGUGGUGCUAGUGUGUGUGUGUGUCGCGUUGCGUUGCGUGUUCCCCGAGUGGUUUUGCAGCAAACAACAAACAACUUCAUCUUCAAUUCGUUCAAUUAAUAAAUGUGCAAAAGAAACCGAACUUUGUCUAGUUGUGGAAAAAUAUCUAAACCCCAAUUACUCAGUUUGCUGCUCUCCAUUUAAUUCGAUUGACACAGAGGCAAGCGGGAGGGCAGGCGCAGGCAGAGAGCAGGCGGCUUCGGCGGCGACGGCCCCCAGCGGCAGACGUAAUCUAGCCAGUGCAAACGGUGGUGGAGCUUCGCAUGCUAGCCCCAACAAAAAUGUCUUCUCAGCAGCAGCGCAGCCAGAAGCAGCAGCAGAACCAGCACCAGCAGCAGCAGCAGCAAACUUUAGCUCAGCUCUCAGCAGCCAGCGUUAGGUCUGCUUUUGCGCAGUUCAGCGCACGGCGAGAAUUUUGCCAUCGGUUUCGUUUCGGUCUCUCUGUGUGUUUGGAAACACCUUGCUCCAAUAUUGUGUGGCCUCCCCCCGCUGCACGACCACGAGCCACGACCCGACCCACGAGCUGGCAGUCACAGUUCCAGACUCACUCGCAGUCGUAGUCUCAGUCUCAGUUUCGGUUCGUGCGCGUUUGCGAUUCUUCUGGCUGCUGCCCUGCAGCGGAAAAUUCGUCUAAGAAUCACACCAACAAUACAUCCAGAUACAGAUACAAAACUCCAAACAUCCCAGCAACCGACGAGGGAAUUUUUGUAAUUUUUCCAAUGCUGGUUGGCCACGAUUUGCACGCGAUUCCCUUAGACUUGGACUUGGACGUGGACGUUGCUGUUGCUGCAUUUUCAUCAUCAUCAUCAAGGAGCAGCAGAAGCAGCAGCAGCAGCAAUAAGAACGAGUAUAACCAGGAGAACGAGAAGAGGAGCUUCAACAUUGUCGCCGUGUCGUUGUCGACGUCGCUGCAACGUCGCAGCAUCGGCAGCAGCCCAUUGGAGUCGCCAUGGACUACAACUACAACUACAACUAUAGCUGCAACAUAGAACAGGAUACGGCGCACCAGGAGCAUCAGCAUCAGCAGCAGCAUCAGCAGCGGCAGCGGCAACAAAUGCAUGCAGCAGACAGGAUAGCGGCGGGCAGCAGCUCGAGCUCUGGCUCUGGCCUCAGCGGGAACACGUCCACAUCCACUUCCACAUCCAAGACGAGAGCAGGAACAACGUCGUUAAUCUAUUUACCGCCUUUCUGCUAUCCAUGUAAGCAUGUGCCUGCGGCCGGCAGCAGGAACCAGACCCAGACCCAGACCCAUAGCCAUGGCCAUUGCCUGACGAGGAGCGAUAGCAGAAGGGGCUGCCACGGCAGCUGCUGUUGUCAGCAUUACUGGGAACAUAAAAAUUAUGAUAAACAAGCUUCAGCGUCGACUUUGACACCAUCUACAGCCACGGACACAGCCGCAACUAGGGCCAGAACCACAGCAACGGGAAUGGCAACAAUGUCCCACUCCUACCCAACAAGAGCCGAGGAAUUCCUGCAGCAGCAGGAGGAGCAGGAGCUGGAGCAGCAGCAUAGUUGCACCGAUCUCAGACAGACGUUGCAAUUAGUUGUGCCAACUGUUGUGGGUGGCGGCAGAGCCCUGGAAUGUGGCGAGACCAGGCGUCAGGCGCCCGCGGCUACGACGGCGGACCAGCGAUGCUGGCGACGUGACCGAAUGCGACGUGAAAGACCAAGUCAUGCGUCUGCAGCCACACUGGCCAAGGUAAAUCCAAUCAGCAGUGGUGCCGCAACAGCUGAAGCAGCUGCAUCUGCAGCAGGAGCAACAGCAGCAGCAACAACAUUGAGAGAAUACAAUUCGCAAGCAACGACAAGAACUGCGGUGGUGGCCACGGUGGCAUGGGGCACAACUGGCGCAGAGCUGCCGCAUGAUGAAGACGCCGCAGCAGCAGCCACGGCAACUACUCCUGCUGAUGAUGCUAAGGAGGAGAAUGACUAUGAGUAUGAUGAAUGUAGGUGCUUUAACUAUAACGGUGAUAUUAGUCUGGAGCGAGAAAAGGAACAACAGCAGCAGCAACAACAGCAGCAACAACAACAGCAGCAGCAGCAGAAUGGAGAGCCCCAGCAACUUGCCCGCAGCAGCAGCAGAAGGAGCAGCAUUACGUGGCUGAUAUUCUUGUGGCAGCAGCUGCUCCUGCAAGGCGAUGGAAACAAAGCCUCAUCCGGGGACACCGACACCGACACCGACACCCACACCCACUCCAAGUGCGACGAAAGGACAACGACGAGAAGGAGCAACAGCAUGACGUCAACAAAAAGUUGGCUUGGCCCGCUGCUAAUGCUGGUGCUGGCCACGUCCGUCAGUGGCUGGGGCGGCCGACAAGAUGCUCCCACAAAUUGCACAUUUCCGGCUCGAUGGGAGGGCUCGUGGUUCCUGUCCGGCUAUCAGCAGUCCAUACACAUCAAGGGAUCACAGUUCAGCUAUCGCGGCAGGUGUGCGGCCUCCGAUGGUAACAAAUAUCUGAUUGUCGAUGAGAAAGGAUGUCAUCGUUGCCUGGUAAUCUAUGAGAAGCAUACGAAUGUGCUCCAGUAUAAAGAAAGUGAGUGCGAAGGUGAUAGUAUGUAUAUGCAUCAGUCGAACCCAUCUGCACUGGCGAUGCGUAGCUCUAAUAAACAAAGUGAUCAUAGGGGAGCUCAUCCCAAUACGAACGGGCAUUCAAGACUAUCAUCAUCGGAUCAGUACAUAAUGAGAUCCAAUGACGAUAUGAAUGAUUGUCCCCCAGACUUUUGCAAGGGCCGUGAGACUUUACAGAAUCUCUGCGACCAAAUUCCGGGCGAUGCCCUGCUCUACUCCCUCUUCCGGGAGAGCGCCGAACCGGUCAAGUGUCCGCUCAAGGGACCCUUCAUAUUCACAUACAACCGGGGCCACGGGGAGUGCAAGUCGCCUGUGUCCAACAUUGAGAGCUGCACGGAGGAGAGUCGCCUCCUGCUGAGCUUCCAGGCCUGUCCCGAUGUGCUGGGGACCGAGAGUACAGUUGAGGAACUGACGUGUCUGGCGACCUGGAAGGAUGGCAACUCACGCUACUUGGUUGGCCUGGUCUCGCACCAUCAUGCCAUCUCGAACGAGGAACGAUAUCGCUGCUUUGUCUAUGAGAAAAUCUCCUCGCUGAUGGGCGGUCCCAGCAUGCUCAGCUCAAAGGAUGCCGAGUAUAAGCUGGCACAAUCCGGCGACGCCACUUGCAAUGGCUUAGACAGUGCCGAGGUUGGCUCCCGCAUCAUGUCGCUGCGAAAACCGCCGGUGGCGGAGCGCUGUGACUUCCCAGCCUGGUUCAAGGGUCCCCGUCAUUGGCAUGCACUUAUGGGCUACGCCGUCUACAAUUAUCACCCCAAUGACGGGUCCGUGCACAUUAUUAAGCCCAACGGCUAUAUGGAGACACGUGCGCUCUGCGAACAGAUAAAUAAACAGACCUCAACCGAAAUGAUGGCCGUGGUGCACUAUACGACCGGGUGUCAAUCGGGAUUCAUGUGCAUGAUGUUCUACCGCCGGGACACGCACGUCAUUGAAAUACAGACGGGCAAGCCGGCCAUUCGCCUGGAGGAUGCCUGUGCCCCGGAUCACUUUGAUAUUAAUAAGAUGGCCUACAUUACCUUGCUGGCAAGCAAUCCGGAACCGGCGAUUUGCCCAAUGGAGGGACUGUACAACCUGCGCGGUGCCAUCGGGCCCCCGUAUUUGGCCACGCGCCACAAGCGCAAUCACAACGGUAAAUCGCACUUGGGACACGGACAUCAUCACCACGAGAGCGCUGACUCGGGAACUUUUGGUCAUAAAGGACACAGCACGCUCAGCUUUCGGAAUGCUGAACGCAUGGAACGUGGCUCAUGGCAUGCCAAUACGCGCGGUCUUCCCGUACGCAGUCGACGCAGUGCGCCCCAGGAUCUGCAACAGCCGCAACAGCACGAGCAACAGCAGUCGCUGGUACUGGGCAACAUUAAUGGCAGCGAAACGAGUGUGGGAUUUGUGGCCACGCGGAAUCGUCGCGAUGUCCCGGGUUGUGUGCCCAACUACAAUGCCCAGAGACAGCUUUGGGUAGGAUGCAGUAAACCGAAUUCGAUCGACGUCAGUCCGCUGUGCAGCGUGGAGGGCGAAGAGGAGUACUCCUGUCACGGCUCCUGGGCCGAGAAUAGCACAUUCUUCAUCAUAGCUCGCCACAAGGGCAGCAAGCACGGCGUUUGUCUGACCUAUCGGCCAACGGAGGGCACCUCAGCCAAGCUGGUUGUAGGCGAUGCCUGCUACCGAGGCACACAGAAGCCACCCGAUCACCAUUUGGUGGCCAAUCUGUCAGUCUUUGGCAAAUGCGGCGAAACGGGCUCGAGUGCAGGUGUGGCCCGGCUGGGCAACUGGCUCCUGCUGCUGACAAUCGUCACGCUCCAAUGGCUCUACCUGCGCAGCUGAGUUGCCAGCGGUAGCAAUAACCAAAAUGCACCACAAUUCGAAAUAAGCACAUAAGCAUUAGAAGCCAAAGCGCUGCGUAUGCAUUAACUAAAACCCCAAAACCAAAUCCCAUUAUGAUCGACAUGUAUACAAGACACAUUUAAGACUUAUUGUAUAUUUCGUGUAGUAUGUUUAAGGCGAAAACGAACCACUCCCAGACUCCCCAAGCUGGUUUGGCUGUAAAUAAUUGUAUUGUUUGUUUUUUUCUUUACCGAUGAACACACACUUUUGUUUAGUUUUAAGUGCUUAAAAUAAACAAGAAUUCGAUAUAAUAAGGGAUGGUGGCACGCAUACAAAUGUGUGUCCCACCCACAAUAUGAAAAUGGAAAAUGGUUUGCAAUACAGCCUUAGAUCAGCGCUAUUUGUAUUAGGGCUAGUAAAAGGCGUCUAUUACUAAGAGUAGCGCAAGGUUCAUAUAACUAUUAAUGCAAGUAUGUAGCAAAUGCUAUUUAUUUAAUGUACGAUUAUCCAUUAAGCAGAGCAAAGACACAGCAUGGAGAAGGAGAACCAAAACCACAGAAAUGACUUCAGACAUCAGAACUAAACGAACACAAGCUAAAAGCUUCUUCGUUCUGUUUUCUUUUUAGCCAUCUCGUAGUGUGUUUUGUGGCACUUGCAUAUUUUUAUAUAUGAUUUCCGAAAUGUUUCCUACAACAAAGUACAUAUACACAUACAAACACGGAAGGAAUGCAACAUUUUUAAACUAUAUACAAGACAAAAAUGAAGUGCAUUCGCAUUCAGAGGAAAUCCGAAAUCCGUUUUCGCAAAAUGUACAAAACCAGAAUGAAUGGAUGGGAUCGAUGAUGUUGGCUCAUUCGAGAUUAGGUGUUGUGCUGCUGUGGCUGUGGUUGCAGUAGCGUUUGACGGCAUGUAAAUGCACAUACAUAUACAAUAUAUUUUUAUGUACAAAUGACGCAAAAUCGUACAUACAUACAUACCAUACGAGUAUAUAUAAUGAAUAACGUUUUGCAUAGGAUCGCAUUGGUUUCAUAACAUAAUUAAUACCUUGCAAAAUACGCAUCUAUAUUGUAUGAUUCAUUAUAAUAGUACUAUACAUAUAUACUGGAAUACAUACAUACAUAAUAGGCAUAUAAGAACUGUGAGGAAUUCAAGCAACUUUGAUAAGUAGAGGCACACACCACUUUCAUAAUCAAUCAACUAACUUUGUAAGACACAAAAACCACAACUGACAACUCUACCAAACAGAACAAAGACAGACAAGUGAAUCAGCAGCUAGGGAUGCUAAAAUAAUUAGAGUGUUUAAGACAAUUAAGCGGUGAUAUAGGUCUAGAAUAAACAACUGUGUAAAUCUCUUAUGAAAGCACAAGAACAGGAGAAGCAUGCAGCAGCAACGGAAACAACAGCUACUGAAGCGGUCGAGUGGAGGACGAAUUAAUGAUGAUGAUGAACUGUAUCCAAAGGAUUUCAAAAACUAGCAUUUUUUCUUUUCAAGUAGUACUACACAAGCAAACAAACACUUGCCCGAAAUUCCGAAACCUAAGCGAACGUAUAAGCGCGUAAACAAUUAACGUGUAAGGAGAACAUAAGCAGAGCACAGAAUUAGUGGACAGGAGAGGAGAGACCCUUCAAGGCAACUAGUCAAAAUUUACGAAGCGUAACUUUGAGUUCCAUGUAAAUAGCGAAUGUUAUGCGAAUUGAGAAAUGAGCAACGGUACGCGGUGUACGAGUAUGUAUGUAUACAUAUGUAUGUACAUAUGUAACUAAAUGCUAGUUAGCUAAAAGGAUUGUGGCAAGAGAUCAGAAACACUUGGUAGACAGCGACCAUGCCCUGGCGCUGGGACAUACAUACAUAAACCGGCAGGGCAGGCACAGUGGGCGUACAGAACAUAAGAGUUACUUUCUAAGAACUAUGUAUACAUUCAACAAACAUCUAUAUAAAAUUACGAAAAUAACAUUGUAAACUCGAGCAGAGCAGUCAGAGAGUGGCAGACACACAUAGUGAGAAAAUACUAGAGAACACGAAUCGAUAAAUCAUGACCGGAACCGGAAACAGCACCGGCAAUGGCAACGAUAGCAAAAGCUACUCCAUAUAGAGAUGGCUAGACAAAUCAGACAUCGCAAUGUACAAAAUGUACAAUGCACGGCAGUAGUUAGCAGCGCAGCAGCUGUGCCCGGUCAGCGGAUUCUUGAAUAUUUUUUGAGUGUACAAAAUCUCUCUUUAAAUAAGCAUUUCAAUUUGUUGUCAGCUUUUAAAAAGUAAAUACGAACAUAUUAAAUAAUAUUGAAUGCAUUUUAAACAAGUAAAAACUGAAAACCACACAAUUCAAGCGAAACAUAUUGAGUAAUAUUUCAAGUCGAGGAACAGUUUUAACGCCCAUCCUCCUCCUGUCUCUAUCAGCCAGUGCAUGCACCCCAGCUGGCUGGCGCUUUACUGGUUUAUUUUGCAAUUGUUAAGCUGAAACACUUUAAUAUCCCAACAAUUCCCCCCGUUACCAGAAUUCUCGCAGUAUCAACCGCCCAGUGUAGAUCCAGAUCCAAUUCCAGCUCCAGCUCCAGCUCCAGCCUUACUUAGUUGUUUUCUUGCGUCAUUGUCAGAACUUUAACGUGCUAUUAAUGUUCCAAACGGUCUCCACAAAUGUAUUCGAAUGUUUCUAAAAACUGCUAAAUAUUAAACAAACAAAAA